AGCGGCCGCGGUCGGAGUUUCGGCGCCGGCUGAGGCGGGAAAGGGGCCUGCGGGGAGCAGCUGCAGCCUGAGGCGAACGCGCGAGCCGAGUCCCAUGGCCGGCGAGGAGGCCGCCCCCCUAACGGGGCCUGCCUCGGAAGCCGGCGGCGGCGAGGGGGAAGCGGGCGACGCCGGCCUGGGCUGGGUGGAGGCGCUGCGCGGCGACUGCGAGCCCGAGCAGCACUGGAGCUACCGCCGCGAGUUCCUGCUUCGCAACGCCGAGGCCUUGGCGCGGCCGCCGGGCGAGGAAGGCGGCGCCGACAGCGCGGACAUGCGGCGCCUCGUCUCCUCCUCGAUGGUGUGGGCGAACUACGUCUUCCUGGGGUGCCGGUACCCUCAACAAGUGAUGGAAAAGGUGCUAGACAUGGCUGCAGGCAUCACAGUCACCAAUGCUCCAGCCCACACUCUGAGAGAUGAACUGGUUGCCAAGGUGAAACGAGGCAUAUCAAGUAGCAAUGAAGGGCUAGAAGAGCCUUGCAAGAAGCAAGCUGUUGGCACAGACAAAGCUUCUGAAGAUAGCAGAAGUGGUACAGAGUCUACCAAGGCAGAAGUGCCCAUGGAAACAGAUACCGAACCUAUAAAGAACACAGAAAAAGAGGCAACAGAAGAUCUAGAGAAGCCACUAUCUUCUACGAUGGCUCAGAACGUGGCACCGGCGGCAUCUCCAGCCCUGACUCAGAAGGUGGUGUCCGUGGCAACUUCAACUGCAGUAAAAGUAGAAUCCAGACUUGAUAAUUAUGAAUCCAGAACAGUCACUAAGCACAAAUCCGUUCUGGCUUCUUCUUUAUCUGGCCCUGAGGCAAAGAUAAAUUAUUGCUUAACCAAACCUUCAGAAUCCAAAUCUGAAAAUGUGUUACCAUCUGAAAAGAAAGAGAGUUUUGAAACUGCUGCAGCGAUAGCUUCGAAAAGCAGUUCACAUGUGAGUGCGGUACCUGCCAAAGUGCCACUGAAAUUGUUAACAAGUGAAGAUGCAAAAGAGAGGCAGCCUUUCUUCAAUAGACUGUACAAAGCUGUUGCUUGGAAACUGGUUGCUGUUGGAGGCUUUAGUCCCACUGUCAAUCAUGUAGAACUUCUAAAUUCAUCUAUUCAGUCUGUAAAGGCAACGUUAGAUGUUGAUUUUGUUCCACUGAAAGAGCUUACAGAUUUACCUCAAAAUAAAAGCUCUCAGGAAAGUGUGGUUUGCGAACUGAGGUGCAAGUCUGUGUAUUUGGGUACCGGUUGUGGAAAAAGUAAGGAAAAUGCCAAAGCAGUUGCUUCAAGGGAGGCACUAAAACUGUUUCUCAAGAAGAAGGUGGUUGUGAAAUUAUGUAAAAGAAAGUACAAAGGAAAGGAAAUUGAAGAUUUGGUGCUUCUUGAUGAAGAAUCAAAACCAUUAAAUUUACCUCCAGCUUUAAGAAAUCCUCAAGAAAUAUUGUAAAAGUGGAGCAGCUGCUGUUUAUACUAGCAAAUAAUGUUUUAUCACAGAAUCUGAAUUACUUUUGUAUACUGAAGUAGACACCCAGAUAAUUUGUAUUUCUUAAUUCUCAGUUUUUCAGAACAAAUACCAUUCCUGUUCCUUUCACUCAGUAGCAAAUAUAAAUAAUUUGACAUAGAUGUAAAGCGUGCAGAGGUAUGCCUUAACAUAUAUAGCACACUAGUGUGCUUUUUUUUAUUUGUUAAAUAGUCUACCUAAGUCUUCUGUUUUAAUGAAAUAAGGUACAGUUUGCUGUUCAAAAUGGUCUAAUUUUCUGAUGCCUGCAGUUCAGUAGCAGUAAUGUUCGCUUCCGAACACACCUUCUUUUUAGCUGCAAGCAGAGAACUAUUGUACCUGGAUGAGGAAAUCCUGUCUAAAAAUUACAAACAUGUAAAUCACAUGCUUCAAGUGUUACUUAUAAUGUUCAUGUGCUUAAAAGGAGAAUAGUUGAUGAGUAUUGUUUUAAUGAAGUAGUAAUAUUUUAAGUCUGGAUUGAAAAUGUUGGUUCUAUUUUAAUAUCAUACUUGCAAAUUGUCAGUAAACAGUCACCAGGAUUACUUAUCAUUGAACUUCGUUAACCAGAUUUAACUUCUUAUAUUUUGUGAGAAAUAACCACUUUCACUUUUUCAAAUAAGUAUGGCUUUCUAUAUUAAGCAUAUUUUAUGUCUACUAUAAUUGGGAUGUGGGAUUUUGAGAAAUUCUUAUGUAAUACUUUGCUUUCAUUAAGCAUUUUCAAGUAACAGUACAUUUUAUAACUGUAAAAGAAACAUAUUAGUCUUCAACAGUAUCAUUAAUUUGCAACUUCUAUGAAUAAUACAAUGUCCUAAUUUUGUCUGCAUAGAAUUAUCAGUUUGGGAUAUCUGUAUGUAUUAACAGAUUUUCUAAUUUAGUUCUUUUCUUUUUUGAUAUUCUCAGGAGAUAAAAGUUGCUACAUUGAACCUAAUAUACUGCGGCAGUGCCGUGAGAUGAAAGUUGUUACACUGAACAUAAUGCACGGCAGUGCCGUCACACCAACAAUUUUCUAUCUGUACAGGCAUUUUUACCAUUACCUUCUGUGUUGGGAAAUGCUUGCAGCAAUGGGAAAUCCCAUUUCUCACCGGGUAGGAAGCGACUAGGUAUUUGCUUCACUAGAGAUCAUAUUAAAUAAGGAUGGCAUGUACUGAAUUAUCUCUACGGCAUAUUUCCAUGCAUUAAAGCUAAAUAUCACUUUUUUGUGCAGCAGCCCUUGGGGAAUCAAGCAGUCUUUAUUCAUAAGACCAGUAAUCCAUACGGAUGCCUGGUAAAUGCCAUGUUGAAUGGAACAUAUGAUUCCCCCUUACCAAUUACUCACCUUGCUUGACUAAAAGUAGCUUGCAGAGUGAGAGCUGCUUCCAGUUGUGUGUGUGAUGAGGGAGGAGCGGUGGCAUCUGUACAAGCAUUCGCUUUUGUGUGUAUCUAAAGUGGUUUUCUGGAUCAUAGCUAUAGUUAAGUUCUGUAUUGUUUGAAUAAAUACUAAAACUAUA